GCAAUGUUCGGACAUAUCGCCCACAAGAUCGGCGGGAAAUCCAAGAAACUGUUCGGCCGCGAGCCAUCUCCCAGCUCACCGGCGACACCGACUCGUCGAACGCCACCUUCGCCUCCGUCUUCCAGCUCCAACGUCCGGUCGGCAGCUGAAGCCAAGAGCACGCAGCCUAUUGCCCCCAAGGACGCACCAGACGUGCAACAGGACGCGACGGUUGGUAGGACGGGUGGCGCCGUUCAGGAGGAAUCAUCCGGCUCUCACUCUGCGAAUACAACGUCUGCCAUGUCCAGCUCGCAAGGUCUGACGACCGUGCCGUGUCAGUACCGAACAGGGAAGACAUUGGGCAGCGGAACAUACGCUAUCGUGAAGGAGGCCGUGCACAUCAAGACGGGCAAGUACUAUGCAUGCAAGGUCAUAAACAAGAAGCUUAUGGAGGGCCGGGAAUACAUGGUCCGGAAUGAAAUCGCGGUUCUCAAGCGGAUAUCCAGCGGACACGCCAACAUUGUAACCUUGCACGACUACUUCGAGACCGCCCACAAUCUCUAUCUCUGUUUUGAUUUAUGCACGGGAGGCGAGCUAUUUGACCGCAUAUGCGCCAAGGGCAACUACUAUGAAGCGGACGCCGCUGCUCUUGUACGCACCAUCUUGAACGCCGUUAAGUACAUCCACGACUGCGGGAUCGUACACCGCGAUCUCAAGCCAGAAAACCUACUCUUCCUCACGAAGGCCGAGGAUUCCAACAUCAUGAUUGCCGACUUUGGCCUCAGUCGUAUAAUGACGGAAGACAAAUUCAACCUCCUGACUGAAAUCUGUGGCACACCAGGCUACAUGGCACCGGAAAUAUUCAAGAAGGUUGGCCAUGGGAAGCCGGUCGAUAUCUGGGCCAUCGGCGUCAUUACCUACUUUUUGCUUUGCGGCUAUACUCCUUUCGACCGUGACACACAACAAGAAGAGUCGGAAGCCAUCAUGGCUGGUGAUUACAAGUUCGAGCCCGAGGAAUACUGGGCCAAUGUUUCACCAAUGGCGAAAGAUUUCGUCAGCUACUGUCUGACCGUCGAUCCGAAUGACCGUCCCACUGCCGAGCAGGCUCUCGCUCACGGGUGGCUCGCCGACGAGAAGCCGCACUUCGUUCCAGAUCCUGAGAGCCCGACCGGCGGCCCAACUGAUCUCCUGCCGAACAUGCAGAAGGCCUUCAAUGCGAAGAAGACUUUCCGCAAGGCCGUCCUAGGUAUGAUGGCGAUGAAGCGUAUGACGAUGGGUGCCGCAUCACACAUGACUGCGGACGAAGUCCACGCUAUCAAUCGCAACGUCGCCCAGUACAAGGAAGAGUCCGAAAAGGAACAAAUCGACUCGGAGCAGCACGUCCAGCGUUUCGAGAGCGAGGAGGCGGACUCGUUGAAGAACCAAGACGAUGCGGCGUCACCCAACGCUCGAGCUGUGUCUGGAGACGAUUCGACUUAUGGAUCAGCCUCAGGCACCGAGGUUUCGGGCAUGGAGAAGAUGUCAUUGGACGGGAAGGAAAAAAAGGCGUGAACAUAUCAACCCAACUAAUACCGCUUGCACUUGCUUCUUGCUAUUCCGUUCUUGCAUUCAGAAUUCGUGUACACUAUGAUCGAAGUGAGUUCCGUAUCACGAUUACCGCCCGUUUCGCC